CACCCCCCACCUUCCACCAACCUCUCCAAUUGCUCUCAAUUGCCCUCUUUCCUAGACAAAGAUGGGGCUAGUCGACAUGUUCACAGAUCUAAUUAGCUCACUACCUUUCGCGGAGGCGCAGGCCGAAGCACCACCAGCCGAGGACGCUGCCCCGGUCGACGACGCGGAGAAGGAAGAGCCCGAGGAGGAGCAAGAAGAAGAGGAGGAGGCGGAGGAGGAGGAAGUUGAAGAUAUUAAGCCCAAGUUGGAGGAGGAAUGCGCCAACUCCUCGAAAUGCGCGCCCGCAAAGCACCACUUUGAUGAAUGCGUUGAGCGAGUUACCCGAAACAGCGAAGAUCCCGAUUUCAAGGGGCCCCACGAGGACUGCGUUGAGGAGUUCUUCCACCUCCAGCAUUGCGCAACCCAAUGCGCCGCGCCCAAGCUCUUCCGGGCCCUCAAAUAAGGGAUCGUUACCUUGGACGUCCGGGCGCCCCACAAUUCAAGUCAGAUACCGCGGCACCCCCUCCUGUUUCAACUAGUACCUGGAUCAGUUACUCUGGUGAACUCUCAAUCGAUGUGGAGCGGAGCAAAGGAUAUUCGGAGAUUUGUCGCGGUGAGGGUUUCUACAGUUCGGAGAAUUACGAAACAAAUUACAAUAAUGAAAAAACGAAAAGGAGAGGAGAGAGAAAGGGGGGGGAAAGACCCAAACAAAAUGUGGAAAAGUGAAAGGAUCUAACUGACCACUUUACCUUGCUUUAAUUGCUUG